CUUCUUGUCCGUUUCUCCCACUAAAUAAAUAUAUCUUCAUAUUCAUAUAUGAAACAUUAUUUUAGAGAGGGAAACAUAUAGAUACAUAUAUACGUAUAGAGCGAGAAAGAGAGAUUUUGCUGUAUGUCAGUGGAGUACUACCACAGUAGUGACCAAGAAUACGGCACUUACAGUGAGCUUCAUAAUCCUCAACAAUGGCCUCAACGUCGGAAAAAGCGACGCCUCUUCUCCUCCGAGACGUUACUUCAUCCUCUGCCGCCGAUGUCGUCCAGGGUUGGACAUCUGAUCCCUCUGUCGGCGAUCAGAUUCGCCACCGCGGCACAGCUACUUCUGUCGGUGACUUGAUUGGUCCUGUGGUUACUCAAACCUCCGCUGCUGCUGCUGCUGCUGCUAAAGGAACUGGACCAACAAGUAUGGUGAGGAUGCAGACUCGACAUCCACUUGAUCCUCUAGCUGCUGCUGAAAUCUCCAUAGCUGUGGCAACUGUUAGGGCUGCUGGAGCAACUCCAGAGGUGAGAGAUAGCAUGAGGUUUAUAGAAGUAGUUCUUGUUGAACCAUCAAAAAGUGUAGUUGCAUUAGCAGAUGCAUAUUUUUUCCCACCUUUUCAACCAUCAUUGUUACCCAGAACAAAAGGAGGACCUAUAAUCCCAACAAAACUCCCCCCUCGACAAGCUAGACUCAUUGUUUACAACAAGAAAUCAAACGAAACCAGCAUAUGGAUUGUUGAGUUAUCAGAAGUUCAUGCUUUAACUCGAGGUGGCCACCAUAGAGGGAAAGUCAUUUCAUCUAAAGUAGUCCCUGAUGUCCAACCUCCAAUGGAUGCUGUUGAAUAUGCUGAAUGUGAAGCCAUUGUGAAGGAGUUUCCACCAUUUCGUGAGGCCAUGAAGAGAAGGGGGAUUGAAGAUAUGGAUCUUGUGAUGGUGGAUCCAUGGUGUGUUGGGUACCACAGUGAAGCUGAUGCACCAAACCGUAGGCUAGCAAAACCACUUAUAUUUUGUAGGACAGAAAGUGAUUGUCCCAUGGAAAAUGGAUACGCACGUCCAGUUGAAGGAAUUGAUGUUUUAGUUGAUAUGCAAAACAUGGUGGUGAUUGAGUUUAAAGACAGAAAACUUGUUCCUUUACCCCCUGCUGAUCCUUUGAGAAAUUACACAGCUGGUGAAACAAGAGGAGGUGUUGACCGAAGUGAUGUCAAACCACUCAACAUUGUUCAGCCUGAUGGUCCGAGUUUUCGUGUUAAUGGCCAUUUUGUUCAAUGGCAAAAGUGGAAUUUUCGAAUUGGGUUUACUCCAAGGGAGGGUUUGAUCAUAUAUUCUGUUGCAUAUGUUGAUGGAAGCCGGGGUCGUAGGCCUGUGGCCCACAGAUUAAGCUUUGUAGAAAUGGUGGUUCCUUAUGGCGAUCCAAAUGAUCCACAUUACAGAAAAAAUGCGUUUGAUGCAGGGGAAGAUGGAUUAGGUAAAAACGCUCAUUCUCUUAAAAAGGGUUCGGAUUGUUUGGGGUAUGUGAAGUAUUUUGAUGCACACCUGACAAAUUUCACGGGUGGUGUUGAAACAAUUGAAGAUUGUGUUUGCUUACAUGAAGAAGAUCAUGGAAUCUUAUGGAAGCAUCAGGAUUGGAGAACAGGUUUAGCUGAAGUACGAAGGUCAAGAAGGCUAGUUGUGUCUUUUAUAUGUACUGUUGCCAAUUACGAGUAUGGAUUUUACUGGUAUUUUUAUCAGGAUGGAAAAAUAGAAGCUGAGAUAAAGUUAACUGGGAUUUUAAGCUUAGGAGCUUUACAACCUGGUGAAGUUAGGAAAUAUGGGACAAUGAUAGCUCCUGGACUUUAUGCACCAGUUCAUCAACACUUUUUUGUUGCUCGAAUGGAUAUGUCUGUUGACUGUAAGCCCGGUGAAUCCCACAAUCAGGUGGUUGAGUUGGAUGUGAAAGUUGAAGGGCCAGGAGAUGCGAAUGUACACAACAAUGCUUUCUAUGCUGAAGAGAAGCUUUUGAAGUCGGAAUUAGAAGCAAUGCGCGAUUGUAAUCCUUCAUCUGCACGACAUUGGGUUAUCAGGAACACGAGAACAGUGAACCGAACGGGUCAGUUAACCGGGUACAAACUAGUACCUGGAUCAAAUUGUUUACCGUUAGGUGGGGCCCAGGCUAAGUUUUUAAGGAGAGCGGCUUUUUUGAUGCAUAAUUUGUGGGUGACGCCGUAUGAACCGGAAGAAAUGUUCCCGGGUGGGGAGUUUCCUAAUCAGAAUCCACGUGUUGGCGAGGGAUUGGCUACUUGGGUUAAACAGAAUCGCUCUCUAGAAGAAACCGAUCUUGUUCUGUGGUACGUAUUUGGAAUUACACACGUACCUCGACUGGAAGAUUGGCCUGUUAUGCCGGUGGAACAUAUUGGAUUUGUUCUCAUGCCGCAUGGAUUUUUUAACUGCUCGCCGGCGGUGGAUGUUCCUCCAAGCUCAUUGGCUGAUUUGGAAAUGAAGGAAACGCCAUCAUGUCAUAAUCAUAAUGCUCUUGUUUCAAAGAUGUAAAUGAACUAUUAAAACAACGCAAGUGUCCUCCAUAUAAUAAUAAAAAUAUGUUUGUAUAAUAUCUUUAUCUUUAUGUUGCAAUAAACUAAAACAAUUUUAUUCACGGGUAUGUAACGUAGGUAUGUACACUCUUCAAUGCCUCCAUAA